AUGGCAGAGGUGCCAAGGCUGGGUGCCUUCCCUCUCCUGGUGGAGGGGGACUGGGGGGACCCCCAUCUCCCCAAAGCGCUGCAAAACAAGCUGCUCGCCUACUUCCAGAGCCACAAACAGUCCGGAGGCGGAGAGUGCCAACUCCAGCGGCAGGAGGGGCGAGUCCUGGUCUGCUUUACUCACCCAGAAGAUAUAACUAACGUCCUGAAACAGAAACAUUCUUUCAACAGUGUGCCAGUUCUAGUCCACCCAUACUAUGAAUCUUUGGGCACAGCUCUAUAUGGAAAGGAGAGACCACCGAUUAAGAUGCCAGACUUGAGCAAAGUAUCUCUGGAUCGCUAUCACUGGUGCUUUUUACAGCAGAAUCCAGAGUUACGUCGGGAAAUAGAUCGUGAGAUGGCAGGCUGCCACUGUGAGAUAGAGUGGCCAACCAGAGACUGCACCUCUCCAGAAAUAAUAGCACGUCCUUCACCUGCUUUGCUGAAGCAAAAACUAUCCUUGAUCAAGACUUGGAAUGAAGAUGUUUCUUCACAGCUCACACUGAUCCUAUCAAAGCAGAAGGUUGUCAAGUGUGAAGCUGAUGCUGUGGUGUGGGAAGCCAUAAGGAACAGUGUAACAAAAAAAGAUGGAAUUCUGAUUUUUCCAGAUAUUACAAACAAAAUAGUUGCCCUUGUGGGAACAGCGGAAGCUGUACAUAUUGCAGAGAAAGACCUAAUAUCUCUCAUUGACAGGGCUAAACAAAAGAUGGCAAGAGAGCGCCAAACAGUAGAGCAAGAUGUGCCAGUUAUUUCUGGAAAGUACAUCAUUUUAAGGAAGGCUGGGCUGCAGGAGAGAAUCCAUUUGAAGUAUCCAGACCUAAAGAUUGCUUAUGAUAGUUCAAAAGAAUGUGUAAUCCUGCGUGGUUUAGCUGCAGAAGUCUUUGAAAUAAAAAGCAAUAUCUAUGAAAGUUUAUCCAACAUGGACAAGAAGACUGUGACUGUUCAUGCUUACAUUCUUCUUUUCUUGCAACAUGCCAGUAAUGAAGAUGUGUCCCAACUCUUAUUCUGGAAGAAGAAUAUUAAUGCCUUCUAUGAGCUUAAGGAUGAGAAAGUUCAGCUGAUGGGAGGAACUUCCCUGGAUGUUCAACAAGCUGAGAGAGAAAUUCAGAAGGAUCUCACUUACAAAUGUAUUGCACUUGAGGACAAAGAUGUUGUCAAAAUGAAGGUGUGGAAGAAACUGACCCAUAAUCUGUACAAGGCUUAUAAUUGUUCAGAUGAACCCAUCAUAAUUAAUGAGUUGGAGGAUCAGGUAGUCAUUGCAGGUUAUUUCAAAGCAGUGAGUGAUGCCAAUCAGAAGCUGUCUAAUUUUGUUGAUACCAACACAUAUAUACAAAAAACCAUCAAGACUAAGUUUGCUGUAGUCCCAAUGUACAUAGAGCAGGAGAAGCAAAAUCAUUGGCUUAAUGUGACGAAACAAGGUGUUAAGAUUGAUUUUGGCAAACGGGAAAAUUGCAGCCUGAUUUCCCUUGAAGGACCCAGAGUAGAAGUGCUGAAGGGGCUUGAAAUCUUGCAAAAACUCUUGUCGUCUCUGCAUUCUUUGCGUGUGGUAGUUGAUCGGCCAGGAGCCAAAGCUUUCUUCAAGGAACAAGAGCACAUGUAUGUUACUAAUGCAAAGCAACAUUUUAACUGUUUGAUAAGGAUUCAAGAAGGCAUAGAGCAUGAUGGAGAGGAAGGUGAGGAUGAAGAAACCAAUAAAGAAAAGGAGCAGCAGUGCUGUGAAGUUAAACUAAGAAAUGGCAUUGUAGUGAGCGUUUACAGGGGAGACCUGACAUGUUUUUCAGUUGAUGUUGUGGUCAACGCUUCAAAUGAGGAAUUGCAGCACAUUGGUGGCCUUGCAGAUGCUCUCCUAAAAGCAGCUGGCAGGGAGUUACAAAGUGAGUGCAAUGACUUGGUGAGGAAGCAUGGAAAUGUGAAGCCUGGCCAUGCAGUGGUCACAAGUGCUUGGAAGCUACCAUGUAAGCAGGUGAUUCAUGCUGUUGGGCCAAGGUGGAGCAGUUAUGAAAAAGAAAAAUCUAUCAAACUGUUGAAGAACGCAGUGAGGGAAAGCUUACGGUUGGCAGAAGCAUAUAACCACCGCUCAAUAGCCAUCCCUGCCAUCAGUUCAGGAAUUUUUGGAUUCCCACUCAAAGAGUGUGCCCGUUCUAUUGUGACAUCAAUCAAGGAAACAAUUGAAGAGUUUGAGUAUGAGUCCUUGAAGAAAAUAUGCCUAGUGGAUUUUAAAGAAGAUACUCUCCAGGCAUUCUCUGAAGCCUUGAAUGAAGUGUUUGCAGAUAGAAUAUCAUUAUCUAAAAUAGACUCUAGACCAUCUCCUGCCUCCAGAACAAAGCCACCUCAUGCUGAGAGUAGAGCAGGAUAUCAAGGGGCCAUUACUGCUGAAGGUCUGAAGAUUUUUAUACAGAAAAAGGGAAUUGAAGAUGCAACAACUGCAGUUAUCAUUCACAGUGUUUCCAGAGAUCUGCAACUUGACCAGAACCCCCUUGCCAAGGCUCUGCUGGGCAGAGCAGGAGGGGGACUUCAGGUGGAAUUAACCCAAAAAGGCCAAGGCCAAAACCUGAAAGAUGGCUGUGUGCUGCAGACUGGAGGGUAUGGACUGGAAAUCAUGUAA